AUGUUGGUGAGGUCGUGGACUCCGACGCGGAAGGCAUUCCAAAAAGAGGUGAACUCCACGCAUUUACCGCUAAAUUUAGGAAGGGACAGUUUUGGGAGGUGGAAAAGAGUGUCGGUGGUUUGGGAGGGGUCGGGCAAAUUUGCUGAUAAUGUCCCUCUUUCAGAGUGGAGUUUUCUGUUAUAUUUCAUUAAUUUACGUAAUGUGGUGGGAUAAGGCACGUCUGUGACAAAUUCAUCAUAAAUUGGAUUGUCCGCCAGUCUUUCAGCUCCAGUCAUAGACGUUCUAGUGGCCAUCCAUCUGUCAUUUUCAUUGGUAAUGUUGUCAAAUAAUUCAGUCACGAUUUGGGAUUCUGAGUUAAGGGAAGUGAUAAGGGAGCGUAUUUGUGCGUGAAAUUGG